GCCGGGAGUCGAACCCGGGUCUAUUGCUUGGAAGGCAAUUAUCCUAACCGUUGGACUACAAACGCUUGUUGAAAUAUUGUUUCACAUUAAAUAACUAGAACUUAAUCCAUUUCUGAAACAAGUGAAACCCUACUCUUCAAAAAAACAGAAUGCAAUCACUUCAUCAUAAACAAAUACGAAUCGCGCUGAGCUCAACUCGCCGGAAAUCGCCGCUGGAGUUAGUUACCGGUUGCCAGAAUCAGUUAAAAACUCCGUCCUACAUUGAUUUGAUUUUUUUUUUUUCAAUUUCAGAUUAUAAUGAACGACUCAACAUUAGCCUCAUUCUUUACCUUAUUUUCAAACACCUUCCGGAUGUUGAUUUUGAAGUUAUUGUUGUGGAUGAUGGGAGUCCUGAUGGUACUCAAGAUGUUGUAAAACAAUUGCAACAAGUUUAUGGAGAAGAUCGGAUUUUGUUAAGAGCGAGACCUAGGAAGAUGGGUUUAGGAACUGCUUAUAUUCAUGGUAUGAAGCAUGCAUCCGGAAAUUUUGUUGUCAUUAUGGAUGCUGAUCUAUCACACCAUCCAAAAUAUUUGCCAGGCUUCAUUAGAAAGCAGUUGGAAACUGGUGCUGAUAUAGUUACAGGGACUCGAUAUGUUAAAGGUGGUGGUGUACAUCGAUGGAAUCUAAUGCGCAAACUAACAAGUAGGGGAGCAAAUGUUCUUGCACAAACACUUUUAUGGCCUGGUGUCUCAGAUUUGACAGGGUCUUUUAGACUUUAUAGGAAAACAGUGCUUGAAGAUAUCAUUAGUUGCUGUGUUAGUAAGGGAUCUGUCUUUCAAAUGGAGAUGAUAGUUCGAGCAUCCAGAAAAGGGUACCAUAUCAAAGAGGUUCCAAUCACGUUUGUUGAUAGAGUAUAUGGAAGUUCAAAGCUUGGUGGGUCAGAGAUUGUUGAAUACCUAAAAGGCCUGGUAUAUCUUCUGAUGACAACAUAAAAAGAUAAAUGAUAACAACUCAUGUAUGCAUUCUAGUUUUGCGAAAACUCAAGAGGUGUUGCAGUUCAGUAACCUGAUUAUUGAGGACACAUGUUUGCCUGAUAGAAUCUGCAUAGUUUGUAUUUUGAGUUUUGUAGGAAGCACCUACGUUUUUUUUGGUGGUGGACACACCUACAUUAAAACUGUUAGGCUGUUAGCAAAUUUUGAUGAUUAAUUGAUUUUGGUUUAGCUGAAGUUGUGACUUA